AACGCGGCCCCGCGGGUCCUGAGGGCCUCCCGGGCCGUGCCGGUGGGACUCACCCCUCGGAGGGGGCUGCAUUGGCGUCCUCCCGAAAGCGUUCCCCGUCACGGUGCCCGCCCCUGGGUUUUCUUCGUCCUUCGCUAGCCCGGAGGCCUGCGGGCAGGAGUUGUCUGCGUUUUGGCGGCCACUGCAGUAGGCUGAGUUCACCUGAUGCACUGAAGUGCUGCUUCUUGUUGCCCAGCCUGAUGUUCGGUGCCUUGUGUGUGUACGGUGACCGCAGGCAGAAGAGGGCAACUCAUUUGGGUCACAGCUUCAAACUUUGCUGGUACAUCUCUGCCUGUCCCUGCUCCAGAGGUUUGGUCGUUCGGAUGGGGAGGAAGUGGUGCAGUGAGAGAUUUUACGACUUGGGUGACUGAAUCACAUCCUGAAGAAGACCAUAGAGGAGGCACCCACAUGUUCUAGUGUCUGCAGGAAAUGACCUAGAGGCCUUACCAAUACAUUUGUGCAUUUGUUCUGCGUCUGCAAUUGAGGGCAAGUGCAGUCUGGAAGCACCACUGCUUGAUGUUACAACAGAAACAACUACCUCAGCAAACAAGGAAAGGGGAAGAAGGCUUGCAAUAAUAAACACUCCUUUUUAAUAGCUUAGAGUUGCAAAGUCUUCUCUAAACAGAGUCCAGAGUCUUUUUUUUUCCUUCCCCCCCGCCAGUAUUAAGAGGAGACACUACAAAUAAACUCAUUUGGCAGACUGGCUCUGUCAAGACGUUUGAAGAUAUUUGAUCUGCUGACACAAGGCUUUGCUUUUUCAAGGAAGGAGCCUCUGCACUGCUUUUGUAAUCGCUGUUGAUCAGUGGUUUGCUCCACUUUUCCCAAUAUUGCUGAUGGGAAAAGGGUGUUAAAGUAUUGCUUCUAAAUCUAUUAUUUGAGUCGACAAGAAGAUCUUCUGUAGACUUAACAGCAAGUAAUAAUAACAUGCUCACGAAGAAAUUGUAGGUGGUAAGUCCUCUGCUCAGUGUGCAGCAGAGAGAACACCAAGCAAGGGACAGAGCGUUGUUAGGAUCCCUGGGCUUGCUUUUUGAGUACAGUUUGUAACUGCAGCAGGGCUGCACCAAGCACUGAAAACGCAAAGUCAGCACAUCUGCUGCCUUCCUCACUGCUGAUACAGAUGAUACAGACGCUUGCCUUUUUGAGAUGCCUUUUGUGAAACCUAUGUACACGGCCCUGCACUGGCACUGUACAUAGCUCUGGGCUCGAGGAAGGAGUGUGACAAGUGAUUGUUAAUUCAAGAACUCUCUGGACAAGCACUCACUUAUGUAUUGCUGCAGUGCACAAGAAAGCAAAAUGGACUAUAAGCGGCGCUUCUUGCUUGGCGGGUCCAAGCAGAAGGUGCAGCAACACCAGCAGUAUCAAAUGCCUGAGCUAGGCAGGACCUUGAGCGCCCCGCUGGCAUCCACCACCCCAGCACCCUCCUUGGUCUCCCCAGCUGCUGCGGGCGGCUGCAGCCACCCCGUGUCCCACACUACUCCGAUCGCAGACAUCCAGCAGGGAAUCUCCAAGUACCUGGAUGCACUCAACGUGUUUUGCCGAACGAGCACUUUCCUCACCGAGCUGUUCAGCAGCGUGUUCAGGAACUCGCACUACUCCAAGGCAGCUAUGCAACUGAAGGACGUGCAGGAACAUGUCAUGGAAGCAGCCAGUCGCCUCACAGCAGCAAUAAAACCAGAAAUAGCAAAAAUGCUGAUGGAGCUGAGCGCCGGAGCUGCCAACUUCAAAGACCAGAAAGAGUUCAGCCUACAAGACAUCGAGGUACUUGGGCGAUGUUUCUUGACGGUGAUGCAGGUCCACUUUCAGUUCCUGUCACAAGCUUUGCAGAAAGUCCAACCAGUGGCACAUUCUUGCUUUGCUGAAGCUGUAGGUCAGGAAAGAAAGAAUGUUACUGGGGCUGGUGCCUCAAAUUUAAACCCCACAAAUGAGCUAGAAGAUGCAGUAAGAUCAUGGAGAGGAGCAGCAGAGGCCACAUCCCGGCUGCGAGAGCGAGGCUGUGAUGGGUCCUUGGCAGGGAUCGAGGUGCAGCAGCUCUUCUGCUCGCAGACUGUGGCCAUCCCUGAGCAUCAGCUCAAGGAGCUGAACAUGAAAAUUGACAGUGCUUUGCAGGCUUACAAAGUGGCUUUGGAGAGUCUGGGCCAUUGUGAAUACGCAAUGAAGGCUGGCUUCCACUUGAACCCAAAAGCUAUUGAAGCAAGUCUUCAGGGCUGUUGCAGUGAAGCAGAAGCCCAGCAAACAGGAAGGAGACAGACUCCACCUCAGCCAAUUCAGUGUGAGCUGCCCACUGUACCUGUUCAGAUAGGAUCACAUUUUCUGAAAGGAAUAUCCUUUAAUGAGUCUGCAGCAGAGAACCUGAAGCUGAAAACGCACACGAUGCUGCAGCUGAUUAAGGAAGCUGGGUGCCAUAAUGGGCUCACACCCCGGGAUGACUCCCCUGUCACUGAAGUGCUCAAUCAGGUUUGCCCUUCCACGUGGCGAGGGGCCUGCAAAACUGCCGUACAGUUGUUGUUUGGCCAGGCUGGGCUGGUGGUUGUGGACACAGCACAGAUUGAAAAUAAAGAAGCCUACGCCCCUCAGAUCAGUUUAGAAGGCUCCAGAAUUGUGGUGCAAGUUCCAUCGACUUGGUGUCUGAAAGAAGAUCCAGCAACCAUGUCUUUGCUACAGAGGAGUCUGGACCCCGAGAAGACUUUGGGACUAGUAGAUGUGCUCUAUACUGCUGUGUUUGACAUCCACAGGUGGAAGGAAGGAAGGGAGCAAGCUUUGCCUUGCAUUCAGAUCCAGCUGCAGCGUGAGAUCUCAGAUUUUGGGAACCCGGUGGACAUGCCAUCGGGGAAUGGGAGCAAGCCUUCGGGUGGCCUGCAGAAGACCUUCUCCAAACUGACUUCACGGUUUACCAAAAAAGCUUCCUGCAGCAAUGCAAACAGCACUGGGAGUUACUCCAUCCCCAGCACACCUUCCAAGAACAUCUUCAUAAGCUCAGGCUCGGAGGAGAAGGCGAAGCUGCCUGCGGGCGCGGACGCGCGGUUGCAGAGCAUCCUGAGUAUCAGCAGCUUCCCCCGGCCCAGCGAGCCCCUGCAGGCAGCCCAGAGCACAGGCAGCCCCCUGGCCAACGGCUUCCUGGGGGAGCGAAGGGACAACUUCUUCAAGCCAAAUGAUGGCAAGGAUGACAAAGGCAUGAACUUACCCACUGACCAAGAGAUGCAGGACGUGAUUGAUUUCCUGUCGGGGUUUAACAUGGGCAAGUCCCAGCAGACCUCUCCGAUGGUGAAGAGAAGGAACUCUGCUGCCUCCUCCACAGCACCGGAGCAGAAGGCGGCCGCGGUGCAGCAGCAGCCGCAGGCUGUCUCUCGCACGCCGCUGCAUCCUCCUCAGCCAGGCCUGUCGCAGCAGCAGCAGUCGCAAAAGCAGCAGCAGCAGCAGCAGAUGCAGUAUUACCAACACUUGCUUCAACCUAUUGGACCACAGCAACGCGUUCCUGCCAAAUGGCUGACGAAUUCCUCACAGCAGCCAGCCCAAGCUGUUGGAGCUGGUUUGUCUCAUAUAAACCAGUGGAACAAUCCUGGGUUUUCAGACCUAAGCUCCGAUUUGUACAGCCUGGGUCUUGUGAGCAGCUAUAUGGACAAUAUGAUGUCAGAGAUGCUAGGACAGAAACCACAAGGACCUAGAAACAACACGUGGCCAAAUCGUGACCAAACUGAUGGAGUGUUUGGGAUGCUGGGAGAAAUCUUGCCCUUUGACCCUGCAGUUGGCUCUGAUCCAGAGUUUGCCCGCUACGUGGCUGGGGUCAACCAGGCUAUGCAACAGAAGAGGCAAGGGCAGCACGUCCGCCGGCCCGGCCACGCGCGUGCCAACUGGCCUCUGCCCGACGACCCUCACAAAACCUGGCCCUUCCCAGACUACUUCACAGAGGGUGAUGUGACAAAUAGCUGGUCUGGUACUCAAGGAGACUCUGCCAGCUCUAGUGAUGAGACCUCCUCAGCUAAUGGGGACAGCUUGUUCUCCAUGUUCUCAGGGCCAGAUCUUGUUGCUGCUGUAAAGCAAAGAAGAAAACACAGUAGUGGUGAACAGGAACCCAGUACACUACCAUCACCACCUCUGCUUUCUGUAGCAGAUGACCGUAAUCAGGAUAACAAAACCAAAACCUGGCCACCAAAGGCACCCUGGCAGCACACCUCCUCUGUCAGCAGCACGCUGCCCGGGCAGGGCGCGGCUCUGUACCCGCUGAGCAGCCCGGUGGGGCAGUGGAGCGACACCAUGCAGCUCCUGCAGUCCCCCAUGUGGGCAGCAGCCAGCGACUGUGCUCCGGCAGCAGGCAUCUCCUCCAGCUUUGCCUACGCGCAGCAGCAGUCGCAGCAGGCUGCCCAGCACAAGCAGAUCAACAAGGGCUUCAAAUCCUUCCCGGUCAAGCACGAGCGCAGACCAUCCUACCUGCACCAGUACUGACUGCUGGCCAGCGGCGAGUGCAGCGCGGGGCCGAAGGGCAGCCGGGGACACAGCUCUGCAGCUGUGCGCUGGCUGAGCCCAGCUAUCUCCUGCAACCUGGAAUCGAGGGGCUCGGGGUGAGAGGUGCAAAGUCGUGAGUUCUGAUUUGCAGUGCUGAGCAAAGGCGGCCAACGUUCGCCAGGCAGCCCGAAACUGUGAUGUAGAAAUGCUUUUAAAACAUGUCUAUGGCCUUUACUUUCAAAACCUUGUUUGUUUUUUUUAAGAGAAAAAGAACUGCUGACGGACGAGCAUCCCAGAAACACUGUAUUUUAUAGCUAUUUUUCAUAUAGAUUUAUAGUUAAACAUCUUACUGAGACACAGGGAAGAUGUUGAAGCAAAUCUGUAGUGGUCUCUCUGCUCAACACUGUUCAGAUUGGACAAGCUGUAGCCUUUGUAUUCUCCAGAAAGGGCCUGGGGCAGCUCUUUGAAAGGAAGCUCAGCAGCAGCUCUCGGUGCCACACCUGAGCUCUGUCUCAAGCUGUUGCACAGUGGUGGAGCUGUGGGGUAGUUUCCUUACUCCAGGUAAGAUCAGCAGCACCACACAGCCUCGUGUCAGACACCGUUGCUGCUUGCAGAUGGCCUCUGUGUGGAUACCCUGACGCUGCUUUUCCAGGAAAUGCACCGUUUCCUGCUGCUUCCUCUGGCCAAAGGCAUUAUCCACACAGUGCUCCUCGAAGCAGAGCCCCAAAGCCUCCUUGCUGAGGUUUAAAGUCUUAUUUCAGAUGCUACAGUCGAUUAGAAAUUGUGAGCUGGCUCAGAAGAUACUCAACUGAAAGGUGGGGUAGCAGUUAGCUAGAACUCUUUUUUUUUAAAGGAUAAAGUAAUUCCUUGCAGUCAGUAUGUGCCAUUACGUGAACCUGUGGAAUUGGGAAUCAUCUUCCAACCAAAGUGGAUCCAUGAGAGCGACUGGUGCUUAAACCAUGGUAAAUAUGUGUAUAGCUAUCCCACUGUACAGCAACUGAGAUUACAGAAGAGUCUUUAUAUAGUUAGAGCUUAUUUAAAUUUUCAUAUUUCAUCUUGGAAAGAGUCUAAAAACCACACUAUUUUCUGCUAUAAGAGUUUUGACAGUAUUAAUCUUAUUUUUGUAUUUUUCUUAAGUCAUAUCAUUCUAAUAUGUUAACUACUAGUGAGAUGGGUUCUUGGUUCUAACCACACGGUUUUCCAACGAAGACAAAGCACAUCCUGCUUCUCUUUAUACAAACUGAGUACAUCUCUACGUAAAGAUACCAAAAAAGAACUCCGUGCUCUAGAGGAAGUACACACAACACUAAAACUAUUAAACGUUGGGCUUGUUUCAAACCCAGCUAUCACCUUCUGUUGUCUGGUGGGGGCUGUCCCCGCGGGCCCGUGUCGUCUCUUCUGUGCUGUUCGAGGAUGCCAAUGUUGCCUGUAUCUAUGACCUGUCACCACCUUUUCUGACUCAUCCUUCCCAUGUUUACAGAGGUUUGUUUGCUGUACAUAGUUUUUACAGUACUGUGCUUUGCACAAUCAGUGUGGCUUCUGUCUGUAAACUGUCCAUGGUCUGUACUGCUCUGAUUCUGAGGACCCUCUGCUGAAGGUGUUCGUGGUUAUUUAACUCGAUGAAUGGGUUUGAGUUUCCUAGGCCUUGUCAUUUAGCGCUAGUGUUAAACCCUCCCUUUGGUUGUACUUACUGUAAGGUUGUCCUACUAAGACCAAAUUGGAAGUUGGUUUGAAGUUUUCCUAACAAGUGCCAAAACCCUUCUCUAGUUGUUGCAGUUUGCUCAUGGUCACAGAGGCCGACGAGGUCCCGGGGCCACGUCGGUCAGUUGCAAACCCCAAGUGUCUGCAUUUUGACCACGUAGGUGCUACUCUGUCCUCUGCUUCCGACCUGCUCUGAACACUGGGAAUCCUGAGAAUUGUUGCACUUGGCAAACGAGUCUUGCCAUUAACCUUCACUUACACUGCCAAGUGCAAGGGUUUGGUGCUUAGUUAACUUACCCUUACUGCAGUGCUUCUUGUGACCAGCUGAGGCUUCUGAACUGGAACUGUACAUUUUGUAUUUGAAAGCUUCUGUACAAGUCAACGAUUUGCUUUAUUAAAGAUAAACAUUUAAUAGGUCAGACCUGGUUAAAAUAUGCACCUUGCUGAAAACAAGCAGCACCUUAAACUAAACUGUAACUUUGGUUUGUAACAAAGAUCUUAUUUCAUUAACAUGGGAUUAUUUAAGAGUUUGAAAAGUGUCAACUGCCUACUUACUGACUCAUAAAUAUGACCUUCAUGCACUGUA